AUGCGUGUGCGUUGGGUUGCCCGUUGCCGGUCCCCCGACUGCUCUCCUCCCCUCCCCCUCUUUUUAUUCUUCUCUUUGGGUUGGGCUGGCCGCAGGUUUUGUUCACGCGAGGAAGCGAAAUUUGAUACAGUUAGAGAACGUAACUUGAAACUACGAGGAGCACUAAGCAAGCGAAGGAAAAGACUCUGCAGGAUGGCACGCCCUUUGAUUUAUCCAAUUCUUUCCCUUGUGGCUGCCGCUACACUGGUGACGACGGCGGUGGAGGCCCUUUACGUCGUGCCACAGGGACGGCUGCGUGAGACGGGCUCCGGCUGGCACCCCUGCGACCCGGACGUGCCGCAGUGGAGCGGCUACUUUGACAUUCCCGGCCGAGAAGGCGACAAGCACUACUUUUACUGGGCAUUUGGGCCCCGCAACGGGAACCCAGAGGCCCCUGUGCUGCUUUGGAUGACGGGUGGGCCGGGGUGCAGCUCCAUGUUUGCGUGCUGGGCGGAGAAUGGACCGUGUCUGGUGAAUGAGACCACAGGGGAUAUCUACAAAAACAACUACUCAUGGAACAAUGAGGCAUAUGUGAUUUACGUUGACCAGCCUGCAGGAGUGGGGUUCUCAUACGCAGAAGUGGAAGACUACGACUCAAAUGAGGAGGAGGUUUCGGAGGACAUGUACCACUUUCUCCAGGCGUUUUUUAGGGCCCACCAAAAACUGCGGAAGAACAAACUCUUUGUUGUUGGCGAAAGCUACGGGGGACACUACGCUCCUGCGACGGCGCACCACAUCAACAAAGCCAAUCGCGAACAUGUGGGUCUUCCCAUCCGACUUGCUGGUCUUGCGGUUGGUAACGGCCUUACAGACCCAUACACACAAUACGCUGCGUAUCCGAGUUUCGCAUGGGGGUGGUGCAGGGAAAAGCUUGGAGAGCCUUGUGUCUCUGAGGAAGGCUACCAACAGAUGAGUAGCAUGGUGCCCCCAUGCCAAAAGGCCAUUGAAAUUUGUAACUCCGACAACAAUUUUAUUGCGAAGGCGGCUUGCGUCACUGCAAGAGUCCUCUGCAAUCCAAUCAUUGGGGUCUACAGCGCCACAGGGCUCAAUAACUACGACAUCCGCAAGCCGUGCAUUGGGACCCUUUGCUACAAUUUUGACGCCCUGAAUGCAUUUAUGAACCGAGAGGAUGUGCAGAGCUCUCUUGGGGCGAAGCGACAGGUGUGGCAGUCAUGCAACAUGGAGGUCAACCUAAUGUUCCUGAUGGACUGGUUCAAGAACUUCAACUACACCGUGCCGACUCUUCUUGAGGAUGGUGUUAGUGUGAUGAUUUACGCUGGCGAAAUGGAUUUUAUCUGCAACUGGAUCGGCAACAAGCAAUGGACGACAGCACUGAACUGGCCUGGCAAAGCGCUGUUCAACGCAGCCCUCGACGAGCCAUUCCGGGCCCCCGACGGCACUGUGGCUGGGCUUUUCCGCACCGCCGCCGCGGCGUCGACGUCGAACCUGACCUUCGUGCAGGUGUACAACGCGGGACACAUGGUGCCAAUGGAUCAGCCAGCGUCUGCCUUUGUGAUGAUAAGCAACUUCCUGCAAGGCAGACCCUUCAAUUGA